ACAUCAAAUAAAAACCGUUGUGGCGGUGUUGUGUGCUGUAUGGUGCGAGCUCCGCUGGCGGUAUGAUUCGGCUUUUCCGGCACCGCCUUCUUCGCUCGCAUCUCCCCUACCCCAACCCUUUUUGAGGCGCCUUCCCCCCUUUCUCUCUCGGGAAGAAGUCGCUUUGUCCCCCGGAGUCCUAUCCCUAAUCCUUUCCCCCUGUCGUGCCAAGAACGCGCUCGCAUCCGCCGCCGGUUUCAGGUGUUUGCACCACAUAAUAAACGUAGAAAGAAAAGGUGCAACAUGCGGCGCUGGCUGUGCUGUUCUUGUCAAAUGGACGAGCCUUAUCAUGCUCAUGAUAAUGAAUACCUGAAAAGCCCAUCAGAUCAUAUAGAUGGAAUGCAAAAAGGUUCAAAGCUGUCUGCUGUUGCCAAAAGCGAAACCCAAAGAGCACCGCCUCCCAUUGAAGUGCCUGCAUUGUCAUUAGAUGAGCUGAAAGAAAAGACUGACAAUUUUGGGUCAAAGUUUUUAGUUGGUGAAGGAUCAUAUGGAAGAGUCUAUUUUGCAACUUUAAACAGUGGCAAACAAGUGGCAUUAAAAAAACUUGAUGCUGCAUCAGAGCCUGAGUCCAACAAUGAAUUUUUGACCCAGAUCUCAACGGUAUCAAAAGUGAAGCAUGAAAAUGUGCUUGAAAUGCUUGGGUAUUGUGUGGAAGGGAAUCUACGUUUGUUGGCCUAUGAAUAUGCAACCAUGGGUUCGCUGCAUGAUGUUUUGCAUGGUAGAAAAGGAGUCCAGGGUGCUCAACCUGGUCCUGUUCUUGACUGGAUGCAACGGGUGAGAAUUGCUAUUGAUGCAGCUAAGGGGCUGGAGUAUCUUCAUGAGAAGGUUCAGCCUUCUAUAAUACAUCGUGAUAUCAGAUCAAGCAAUGUCCUUUUAUUUGAGGACUUCAAAGCAAAAAUUGCAGAUUUUAAUCUUUCAAAUCAGGCUCCCGAUAUGGCUGCUCGUCUUCAUUCUACUCGUGUCUUGGGGACCUUCGGUUAUCAUGCACCAGAGUAUGCUAUGACUGGCCAGCUGACCCAGAAAAGUGACGUGUAUAGCUUUGGUGUAGUUCUUUUGGAGCUUCUGACCGGCAGGAAACCAGUGGAUCAUACGAUGCCUAGAGGGCAGCAGAGUCUGGUUACUUGGGCAACUCCAAGAUUGAGCGAGGACAAGGUCAAACAAUGUGUGGAUCCAAGGUUGAAGGGAGAGUAUCCACCAAAAGGAGUAGCUAAGCUUGCAGCAGUGGCAGCUCUGUGCGUGCAAUAUGAAGCCGAGUUUAGGCCCAAUAUGAGUAUCGUGGUCAAGGCACUGUCUCCCCUUGUAAAUAAGCAGGCUCCACCUGCUGCUGCUCCUUCCCCAGCUCCAGGGACUUGAGACCUGGAGUGAAAUAUUGUAUUAAAAAGUUGGCAUGUUUUUACGGGUUACCACGCUGCUUGUUUGCCUGAGAGUUUUGUCGUUCAGCGAGAAGCAAUGGACCAUUAUUCACGUCAUUCCUGUCAGCCGGGAUCUGUGCUGUAUACUUGUCUGAGUAUUUCUGUUGUUGAUUCUCUUUUAGCUGCUGACAUGAGAUAAUGUGGGAUGAGCAUUGUUAUGAUCCAAUAUCUUUCAUGUCCUGUAUGUAAGGUCUGAUCUGAAGUUUUCAGGUUUGGUUAUUUGUUUUCCAUUCUGGUCUGGGCCAUGGUUAAACUGUCCUACUUAUUUUCCAGGUGGUUAUAGUAUGAUUAAAAUGGAUCUUUGUGGUCUUGCCUA